AUGUUGUGGUUGAAUCUCUCCUGCUCGCCCUCUAGGGGGCUCGUGAGAUCUGCGCGUGUGCAAUUGCGACCAGCACCAAUUCACCCGUGGCCACGGCGCAUCUACACAUGCAGUCAAAAUUCGCGGCUCUCCUAUGUCGCUGUGGAUGAUAAGUCCUCGUUGAAAAGAUCUCUUCAAGUCCCGGCAUCACCUAGGUAUAACGAAAUUGGUGUUCAGCAGUUAAGCGAUUAUGUUUAUCCCCAAGUCUUUCCAACCAAGGGUCGUGUACCAAAUCCUGAGCUUGUUGCCUUGUCCAGAGACCACCUGACGAGACAUGACCUACUUGGAAAGUCCCAAACAGCAGAUCCUAUCGCAUUUGAUCUGCCACCUCUCCAGGGACAAACUCUCGAUGAGCAUUUUUACAAGUUGGGUAUGGAUGCAUCCGAACCAUACUUGAGUUUCGCCAAAUCUUAUGCGGCCGUGAACUGCCCGAUAAAACCGCGCCAAUGGGUGAAACGCAGUGGAUGGACCAAAUACAAUUCGGACGGCUCAUCGGAGCCCGUGGAUGCCCCGGAUGAGGAAAUGCUCACUUUUGACACGGAAGUUAUGUACAAGGACAAUUCAUUCGCUGUCAUGGCUUGCGCUGUUAGCCCGACAACUUGGUAUGCAUGGCUAUCGCCAUGGCUUCUAGGUGAAACGGAGGAAAAAAUACAUUUGAUUCCCUUGGGUGACCCAUUAAAGCCUCGGAUAGUGGUGGGUCACAAUAUUGGAUAUGACCGCGCCCGAGUGCUCGAGGAAUACGAUAUGCGCCAAACUCACAAUUUUUUCGUCGACACGAUGUCUCUUCACGUGGCUGUCAAUGGAAUGUGUUCGCAGCAAAGGCCAACCUGGAUGCGCCAUAAAAAGAACAAGGAUCUUCGCGAUAAAAUUGCCAGUGACCACAACUCUGCCGAACUGGCUUCAUUGCUCGAGAACAACAUGCUUCGCGAGGAGGAGGAAGAGUUAUGGGUCGGCCGAAGCUCUGUGAAUUCAUUGCGAGAUGUAGCAAAGUUUCAUUGCGAUGUGACGAUUGACAAGGCGCAGAGGGAUUUCUUUGGCGAACUGGAUAGGGAAACCCUGUUGGCAAAAUGGGAGGAGCUCGUGGACUACUGUGCUGCAGAUGUGGCCAUUACCCAUCGCGUCUACCGAAAGGUCUUCCCUAAUUUCCUGGAGACUUGUCCCCACCCAGUCAGCUUUGGCGCUCUGCGACACUUAUCUUCGGUCAUUCUUCCCGUCAACCAGACAUGGCAAGAUUACCUCACCAAAGCCGAAGAAACAUACCACAAACGACUCGAUGAUGUCCAACGGAAACUCAUCGAGCUGUGCGACGAAGCCUUAAAACAGAAAGACCAGCCAGAUGUUUAUACAACUGAUCCUUGGUUGCAGCAGCUGGACUGGACUGGCCAAGAGAUCAAAAUGGCAAAAGGAAAAAAGAAGGGUGACCCCCCUCGCCCAGCGGCUCGGCAGAAGAAACCAGGCAUGCCCAAGUGGUAUAAGGAUCUUUUCCCCACAAGCAACUCGGAAAUUGGCUUGACAGUGCGAACUCGGAUUGCACCAAUCUUGCUCAAGAUGUCCUGGGAUGAUUACCCACUCGUUUGGUCAGACAAGCAUGGCUGGACUUUUCGAGUUCCUCGUGACCAUAUCAAAAAGUAUGAGAACCAGCCGGUUGUACUCUGUGACAUGACUGAGGAGAAGUUUCAGCUGUUGCGGGAAGACAGAAAAAACGUUUACUUCAAAGUCCCGCACAAGGAUGGUCCCCAAGCUAGAUGCACGAGCCCACUGGGCAAAGGAUAUUUGCAAUAUUUCGAACGCGGGAUAUUGUCGUCACAGUUUGAGCUUGCCAAGGAAGCUUUGGACAUGAAUGCCUCUUGCUCGUAUUGGAUCAGUGCUCGAGACCGGAUUAUGAGUCAGAUGGUGGUCUACCAGGAUCAACUUAGAGCGGGGGGCCUGGGAAACGAUGAUGAGAACCGAAUAGGUUUCAUUUUACCCCAGAUCAUCCCAAUGGGCACCAUCACUCGCCGUGCUGUGGAGAAUACUUGGCUCACUGCAAGUAAUGCCAAAGGAAACCGUGUUGGCUCAGAGCUGAAGGCUAUGAUCAAAGCACCGCCCGGAUACUCCUUUGUUGGUGCCGAUGUUGAUUCUCAAGAGCUUUGGAUUGCCAGUCUCGUUGGAGAUGCAUCUUUCCAGAUCCAUGGUGGAAAUGCCAUCGGCUUCAUGACAUUGGAGGGUGCCAAGGCUGCAGGGACUGAUCUGCACUCUCGCAGCGCCCAAAUUCUAGGGAUUUCUCGCAACGAUGCGAAGGUCUUUAACUAUGGCCGAAUUUACGGAGCCGGCGUCAAGUUCGCUGCCACUCUCCUUCGUCAGUUCAAUCCAUCACUGACGGAGAAACAAACCCAAGAAACAGCAGCGAACUUGUACAAAGAGACCAAAGGCAUAAGAACUUCACGCAGAAUCCUCCGGGAAACACCAUUCUGGCGAGGCGGCACCGAAUCUUUUGUGUUCAACAAGUUAGAGGAAUUCGCGGACCAGGAGAAGCCUCGGACUCCCGCUUUGGGUGCCGGGAUUACUGAGGCACUGAUGCGCCGAUUUAUCAACAAAGGUUCUUUUAUGACUUCCCGCAUCAAUUGGGCUAUCCAAUCAUCCGGGGUCGACUAUCUUCACCUUCUCAUUAUUGCAAUGGACUAUCUCAUUCGGCGAUUCAACAUUCAAGCUCGCUUGUCUAUCACUGUCCAUGACGAAAUCAGAUAUUUGGUUAAGGACGAGGAUAGAUACCGCGCUGCACUAGCACUACAGAUCGCUAAUGUCUGGACUCGUGCUCUCUUCUCGCAGCAAGUAGGCAUUGAUGAUCUUCCUCAGUCCUGCGCUUAUUUCUCCGCCGUUGACAUUGACCAUGUGCUACGGAAGGAGGUGGAUAUGGACUGCAUCACACCUUCCCAUCCUCACAAGAUCCCUCACGGUGAAACUGUAGACAUCUCACAAAUUUUGGAUCAAGGCCAACGGGCUUUCCUUGAUCCUUCCAUCAAGCCAAAUUCUCCCCCUCUUCCGAUGAAAUACACUUACACGCCACGAGAGUCUGUCAUGUCCACCUUUGAGGAAGCUGACAUUGCAUUCAUCAAAGCCCAAAUAACCAAGGAUGAUAAAGAGGUCCGUGACAUUAUUAAAGAGAAAACACGUUCCCUGCCGACCACAAAACCCACGACUACACGUCCUUCUUCAGCCAGAUCAUCCGGUAAAACUACCAACGGCUGGGCCUCUGCACAACCACAGAGCGCAGUAUUGAUGGAUAUGGAAUCUGGGUUGUACCCUGAUUUCCGGACCCCUCCUCGCGCUUCAUCACACGCAGGCAGGCAAACACAAGUUGGAUACGAUCGAACUGCUUGGAAACCCCGGCCAUUUGCUCGGGCCUAA